AUGACAAGUGACGUAGUAUUAUCUGUUGCAUAUAUGUGUGAGGAUCAUCAAGUCAAGACUCUCAUUUUUGCUAAAGGAUACCUAAAUGCAUGUGGCUGUCUCAAAGAUGAUCAAGAUGAUGACGUGGAGUCAGGGAUAAAGAAGUUUCAAGAACUCUAUAGGCUCAAUGUUUCUGGAAAACUUGACCUUGCAACGAUCAAGGCAAUAAAACUCCCAAGUUGUGGCGUGCCAGAUCUCAUCACAUGUCUAGUGCAGAAAGCCUUUUCAAUGAUUCAAAGUAUGCCUUCUUCCAAGGAAAUCCUACAUGACCUCCUUCUAGGAGAAGCCUCACUUACAGAUUCGACACUAGCAACAACGUUUGUGCCAAUAGAUGAUUUGAGACAAGCUUUUCUUCAGGCAUUAGGUGGAUGGACCCAGGUCACGAAUUCGAAAUUCACAUUCACUGAGGUUGUUACAGGAAAAUCCGACAUUGCGAUUGGUUUUUAUAGUCGUGAUCAGGGCGUUAACAGUCCGUUUGAUGGCCGAGGUGGUGUUUAUGCACUUGCUGCUGCACCGACCGAGGGAAGGAUGCAUCUGGAUGCAGAUGAGUCGUGGAGCGUUGCCAUUCCGACGCCGGCCGACGGUGUGGAUUUGGUGUCGAUGGCUUUGCAUGAAGCAGGACACCUUCUGGGACUUGAACAUGGUCAAGAUCCAAAUGCAGUGAUGUAUGCGUUUUUAGGCAUAGGAGAAAAUAAGAGGAUUUUGGGUCCUGAUGAUAUUGCAGGCAUACAAGCCCGAUGCCCUAAUUAA